UCCGCUCACCUGCACACCACCGCUGGCGCGACUCCGCCCCAUUCCAACCCGCAAAUACCACCACUACGCCCACCGACGGCAACAAUGUUUACCACCAAACUCACCACCCUCGCCCUCUUGACCGCCUCUCUCGCAAAUCUUACCUUCGCAGCCCCGCCCGCCUGCGUCAUCGGCGCAGUAAACACCCAAUCCAACCCCCACGACAUCGCAGCCGUGUGUAAAGCGCAGGAAGUCCAGGAUUCGAUCACGAAGAACUGUGGAAACGCACAGGAAGCGGCGCAGAAGUAUUUCAGUGAGGUGUGCAAGGAUGCGGGUGUAACGGUUUCUGCGACAGUGCAGAACGACGACUCCAACUCUUCUUCCUCCAACUCCAGCUCUUCAUCGUCUUCGUCUUCGAGUGACGACGGUAUGAUCCCGACCGGAACUUCCAGUGCUACGAACGAAGCCCAAGCCACGCGCUCCUCCAGCAGCGGCAGCGAAGCGAACCCCACCGCCACGGGCGGUGCGGCGAGAGUGGGUUUGGAGGUUGUGGGAUUGAUGGCUGUUGGACUCUUCGGAACAUUGGCUGUGCUGUAGGAGCGAGGAUUAUGGGAGGGCGAUGUGGGAGACAGCGAAGAGAGAACGUGUCAGGGAGCACUGGAAAGUUAUACCAAGACACCGCUUCAGGCCGAGCGCGGAGAUACCGCGAUGCGGAAUGACGACAGGAUUCGGAGAGAAUCAUACCACGGCAGGAAAAUCACCAGAAGCGCUGUAUGCAGGAUAU